AUGGUCUUCUUCUUCUUCGUCUGCGGCCAGUACACCUUCCGGUCCGAAGUCAAGGGCUACGAGGGCGUCAUCUGCCAGUGCCACAACUGUGGCAACAUGUCUGGCCGUGUCAUCAAGAGCCGCCCAUUCUUCACCUUUUGCUUCGUUCCCAUCAUACCCUUCACCAUAUCUGGCUUCGUUGAAGUCGUCUGCCACAUAUGCAACUUCAAACAGCCGCUGAAAAAUCGUCCUGAUGCCGUCUCUAUGCAAAACGGCGGCAACCCCGGAGCUGGGCCUUAUCCCCCGCCGCCACGACAAGGACCAGGUCGGGACUUCACCGAGUCGUCGCUUCAGGCGCUCAACCACGACCCCUCCAUCCAGCCAAUGGCAACUCAGAUUUACUCCUCUUCAGUCCAAUUCCGUCGCCGCAACUUCAUAGAUACCACCGGCAGCUCAUUCUCACAGCCUGUAGUGGCAAGAAUGACAGUAAGGCCAGUCAUUCGCUACAAGAAAUGUGUCUGGAACUUGGCCGAGACUGCAACCCCCAUCUAG